CAAUCUUUGACGUCGCUGGCAGUCGCAAAUCGCCUACCGACUUCGCAGCAUGGCAACGUACGACUACAUUGUUCUCGGCGCUGGCUCUGGCGGGGUCUCGUCGGCCCACCGCGCGGUGGCCUACGGCGCCAAGGUCCUUGUCAUCGAGCGUGGCCAAGCCAACGACGGCGCUGGCCUCGGUGGCACCUGCGUCAACGUCGGCUGCGUGCCCAAGAAGAUUAUGUUCAACGCUGCGCUCCACGCUGAGAUGCUUCACUCGGCGCGCGCGUACGCCUUCAAGGGCGUGCAGGACAUUCAAUUUGGCGCCUUUGACUGGGCGGCCAUGAAGGCCAAGCGCGACGCGUACGUCAAGUGGCUCAACGACAUGUAUGGCGAGGGCAUGCUCGAAGACAAGGUCGACCUCGUCAUGGGCGCCGCCAAGUUUGUCGACAACCACACGGUCGAAGUCAACGGCGACCGCUACGCGGCCAAGCACAUUCUCAUUGCCGUCGGCGGUGUCCCGGCCAUGCCACCGCUUCCCGGCAUCGAACACGCGAUCUCGAGCGACGGCUUCUUUGCGCUCGAGACGCAGCCCCGCAAGGUCGCGGUCGUCGGCGCCGGCUACAUUGCGGUCGAGCUCGCCGGCAUUUUUAACGCGCUCAAGUCGGACACGACGGUCUUUUGCCGCGGCAACCAAGUUCUGCGCACCUUUGACCCGAUCGUGCGCGACCUCGUCAACACCGAGAUGGAGCAUGCCGGCGUCCGCUUUGUGCGGGAGAGCGGCAUCACGUCGAUUGAGAAGGCGGAGGACGGGACGUUGACGAUCCAAGCGACGGUGGCCGGCGUGGCGCAGUCGUUCGCGGGCUUUGAGACGGUCCUCUUUGCGAUUGGUCGCACACCGCGGACGCACGACUUGGGUCUGGAGACGACCGACAUUGCACUUUCGCCAGAUCAGUUUAUUCAAGUCGACGCCCAAGAAAACACGACCGUCCCGAAUGUGCAUGCGGUCGGCGACGUGACGACGACUGGGUGGGAGCUGACGCCGGUGGCGAUUGCGGCGGGUCGCCGCCUUGCGGACCGUCUCUUUGGCAACGAGCCCAACGCAUGUGUCAACUACCACCAGAUCCCGACGGUCGUCUUUAGCCACCCGCCGAUUGGUACGAUUGGCUUGACCGAGCCGCAGGCCGUUGCGCAGUACGGUGCGCACAACGUGACGACGCACACAAGCUCGUUCUCCAACAUGUUUUACGCCAUGAGCGCUGAGAAGGACAAGGUGCAAACCGCGAUGAAGCUCGUGUGCAUCGGCGUCGAAGAGACUGUCGUCGGCGUCCACGUCGCGGGCCUCGGCGCCGACGAGAUGAUCCAGGGCUUUGGCGUCGCCGUCAAGAUGGGCGCGUACAAAUCAGAUUUUGACAACAUUGUGGCGAUCCACCCGACGGCGUCGGAGGAGCUCGUGACGAUGCCCGAGUGGGGCAAGAUCAAGGACGUCGUGACGUUGCCGCAUGGCACGGCGCGCAAGCCGCCGACGCUUCUCAAGCCGCCGGCCAGCAACUAGUCAUUCGCCUGCUCUGAGAUCCACCACGGUUCAUAUGUUGAUCUGGACCUGUGUCUCUGCGUGGAUCGCGGACUAAGCUUUGUUUGAGCUCAUUCUCAGAAUUGGAAAUAACACACUGUCCUACAACCUCGCAGUGUCAAGUAAAGAGCAGUCGCGGGCAGGUGGA